AUGUCCUUACCAAGGCCGCAGUGUGACGAAGUAAAGCCGGUCUGCCGUAAUUGUGCAUGGCAUAAGGUGGGCUGCUCCUUCGGUGGCUUGUCCGCGCUUCCCCAGCACAACUUCACUGGCAGUUGCGUCACGCAACCGCCCCCCAUCCACCCGUUGCGGAGCGCCAGCCCGGCGAACCAGAGGGUGGCUGCAUCGGGCGAAACCGCCCAAGAAGCCCUAGUCGCACCGCGGCAGGUGCCACUCACAUCCACUCUCCAACUCUUCGACAUGGAGCUUCUGCACCACUACAUAACAUCAACCUGCUACACACUCUCAAGCAACUCCAUCGUCCAAGCAAUCUGGCGCGAUGAGACCCCCCGCGUGGGGUUUACUAUGCCCGCCGUCCUUCACGCACUCCUCGCAGUCUCGGCCCUCCACCUCGCCCGCUCGGACCCCGGGCGACGGGCCGCCUGCUUAUCCCAAGCACACAUGCACCAUAAUACGGCUGUCCAACUGGUGACGCCACAUCUCCCAUCUCUAGCGUCGGAUAAUGGCGUCGGGUUAUUUCUCUUCUCUGCACUGACGUGCAUUUUUGCGUGCUGCGCGACCGCCCACGCUGAGUUCAGCUUGUUUGCUGAGCAGGGUCGUCUUGCCGAAUGGGUUCGUCUUAUCCGGGGGAUGAUGACGGUUAUCGAGCAUACCAAUCAGAACUUCCUGACGACGCCGCUGCGGCCGAUGUUUGUGUAUGGGAGCCGUCUGAGGACGACGUCAUCCUUUCACGAUCUUGGAUCAAUUGAACGUGGGCGGGAACUUACGAGGGACUUACGACAGGCUAUAUACCACCAUGUUUUCCACGACCAGACGUUAUGGGAUAUUUGUGCGGAGGCCCUUGAUGCACUGAGCGAGACACUCGGGGUGGCUAUGGCCGUGAAUGAGGAGGAAGACCCCAGCCUCCAGACGGGCGAUGUAUUCGCCUGGAUCCUCGAAUUCUCGGAUCAGUACCUCGAUCUACUGCUACAGGAAGACCCCUAUGCUUUGGCCAUUUUCGCACACUUUUGCGUGGCACUGCGACAGAUUGAAUGGGUGUGGUGGACAGAGGGCCUGAGUCGGCGACUGCUGAUGCAAAUAUACCCAGUCUUGGAUGAGAGAUAUCAUUGUUGGAUGACAUGGCCGCGGGAGCAGAUAAACAUUUGA